GACACUCGACGCCAGGUUGGACGCGACAACAACUCAACACACAGCGUACACGAUGAGCACAAACGAGCCGUUCUACCUGAGAUACUACUCUGGUCACCAGGGCCGAUUUGGCCAUGAGUUCUUGGAGUUUGACUUUCGCGUACUUGGAGACGGCCGCAGCGCGUCUGCGCGAUAUGCGAACAACUCCAACUACCGCAACGAUUCUCUAAUCCGGAAAGAGAUGUGUGUCAGUGAUGCAUUGGUAGCUGAGAUCAAGCGUAUCGUGAAGGAGAGCGACAUCCUGAAGGAAGAUGACACAAAGUGGCCCCAGAAGAACAAAGAUGGCCGUCAAGAGCUAGAGAUCCGACUAGGCAGCGAGCACAUCUCAUUCGAGACCGCAAAGAUCGGCUCAUUACAGGAUGUGCAGGACUCUUCAGACCCAGAGGGUCUCCGUGUCUUUUACUAUCUAGUCCAGGAUCUGAAGGCGUUGGUUUUCUCGUUGAUUUCAUUGCACUUCAAGAUCAAGCCCAUCUAAUCGAUGGCAUCACAUGGGAAGGC